UCACUGGGGCUGCGACCGGCUCUUCCAGGGCUUCUUCCGCCGCAGCAUCCAGAAGAACAUGGUCUACACCUGCCACCGCGACAAGAGCUGCAUCAUCAACAAGGUGACGCGGAACCGGUGUCAGUACUGUCGUCUGCAGAAGUGCUUCGACGUGGGCAUGUCCAAGGAGUCCGUCCGGAACGACAGGAACAAGAAGAAGAAGGAGGCGCCGAAGCAGGAGUGUUCGGAGAGCUACAUCCUCACGCCCGAGGUGGAGGAUCUCAUUGAGAAAGUGCGCAAAGCCCACCAGGAGACCUUCCCCGCCCUCUGCCAGCUCGGCAAAUACACUACGAACAACAGCUCGGAGCAGCGGGUCUCGCUGGACAUCGACCUGUGGGACAAGUUCAGUGAACUCUCCACCAAGUGCAUCAUCAAGACGGUGGAGUUCGCCAAGCAGCUGCCCGGCUUCACCACGCUCACCAUCGCUGACCAGAUCACCCUGCUCAAGGCCGCCUGCCUGGACAUCCUGAUCCUGCGGAUCUGCACACGCUACACGCCGGAGCAGGACACCAUGACCUUCUCGGACGGGCUGACCCUGAACCGAACCCAGAUGCACAACGCCGGGUUCGGGCCGCUCACCGACCUGGUCUUCGCCUUCGCCAACCAGCUGCUCCCGCUGGAGAUGGACGAUGCGGAGACUGGGCUGCUCAGCGCCAUCUGCCUCAUCUGCGGGGAUCGCCAGGACCUGGAGCAGGCCGACAAGGUGGACAAGCUGCAGGAGCCGCUGCUGGAGGCGCUGAAGAUCUAUGUGAGGAAGAGGAGGCCCAACAAGCCCCACAUGUUCCCCAAGAUGCUGAUGAAGAUCACGGACCUGCGCAGCAUCAGCGCCAAGGGCGCCGAGCGGGUGAUCACGCUGAAGAUGGAGAUCCCCGGCUCCAUGCCGCCCCUCAUCCAGGAGAUGCUGGAGAACUCGGAGGGCCUGGACACGCUGGGCGGGCAGCCGGGCGCCUCCCGCGUGAGCAGCCUGGCGCCGCCCCCCGGCAGCUGCAGCCCCAGCCUGUCGCCCAGCUCCAACAGAAGCAGCCCGGCCACCCACUCGCCGUGACGCCGCGGCCGGCGCCGGCAUCAGGACGCCGUUCUUGCUCUUUGCUGCCAGGCCCGAGGGCCGCAUGGCAAGCCAAGGAGGAGGGGGAGGAGGUGACGCUGCCGCGGGCCACCCCCCCCUCCGGGCCCCAGCCCGUUCCUGUCCGUACCAGCACACACUGUGGCCAUGGCUUCCCUGUUGACUUGUGACGGACUCUUCCGUAGAAUCAGAAGUGGAUCCCGUGGGCACUGCCAGGGGGGCACUGAGCCCUCGCUGGGAUCAGCUGGGGCCGGUUUACAGACCCCCAGCGACUGAUGUUUGUACCCAGGUUGGAGCAAACUAGCGCCCCGCUCCCCCCACUCUCACCCCCCCCAGCGCGCUGUCGCAGGGGUCCGGCUCACGGCUGGGGGGCGCUGCACCCAUGUGAAGAUGAAGUGUCUUUUGGUUGAGUUGCAUUUCAAGUGUUUCCGGGGGGGUUGGGGGGAGAGGGUCAGUUUGGGAAACGUUAGUUGUUUUUUAAAAUUUUCAUGAGCAAAAUCGAUCAGCGGAUUGUGGCCGUCACGCGCACCCCCC